AUGGUUGGUCCUUGGUCAUGGCCUGCCUGCUCCACAGGUGCUCCGUCCGUCCGUCCGCCCGAGGGGAUGCUGCGCAACAGAUCGAGGAGAGCGGUUGGUGCCGGAGGCGGGGGCGGAGGAGGUCUGAUGCCUCAACCUGAGCCCCUCGCCGCCGCCGCUGCUCAGUCUUCUUCUACUUCCCCGACGCCGUACAUGGCGCUGCCGCAGGCCGGGUUCCUGGACGGCGCGGAGCAGGGGCCGUCCUCCUCCAUGAGCCCCACCUCCAUUCUCGAGACCAAGCACUUCUGCUGCUCCGCCCUGCCGCCCUUCCUCUCGGAGAGAAGCCUCAGGAAGGCGCACAUGGAGAUGGCUGCUCCGGAGCCGGCAAGCGUCGGCCUCGCCGACGUGCUCCGGGAGCACGGCGGCGCCAAGGCCGGCGGCCGCAAGGUGGUGUUCGGCUCGCAGCUCAGGAUCCAGGUCCCGUCCGGCAGGGCCGCGGAGCUGGUGUCCUCCCCGAUAGAGUUCGGCGUCAAGAACCGGGACGCCGUGCUCUCCCCGGCCAGGAGGUUCCUGCCGGAGGUCGUGAGCUCGCCCACCGCCCGGGUGUUCGCCGCCGGCGUCGCCCCCGGGGAAGCGGCCAUGUCGGAGGACUACACGUGCGUCAUCUCCCGCGGCCCCAACCCGAGGACCAGGCACAUCUUCGACGACUGCAUAGUCGAGAGCUGCGGGGAUGCGCUCGUCGACAAGGCGGACAGCGGACCGGGCGGCGACGCCGUGCCGGCGAGCGGUUCCUUGAGCUCUUGCCAUGCAUGCCGCAGGCAACUUGCAGGGCAUGCCAAUGAUACCUUCAUCCAUCGGGGUGGCAGAGCAUUCUGCAGCGACGAGUGCCGGUACCGGGAAAUGAUCUUCGACGAGGCGGUGGACAACCUGCGCUAG